AACAUCUACAUUGAUCACGAUAUGAUGCAUGGUGCCACUUUCCCGGUUUACGAGUGGCAGCGCUUCUUGACGCAUCCGUUUGCCGACUUUUUCUCCCUUCCGUGGGAGGAAUUCGUGCUGGAGCACAACAGGCAUCACGCCUCAACUGUGGACUUGCUGAUCCAGGGCGAGUUCGGCUGGGACCCUGAGGAGUUCCAUUACGCCCUCCAGCAGUGGGCCGGACCAUGGAGCUCCAACUGGUACAAGUACCUGCUCACCGUCCCAUUCAUCCCUGUGAUACACUUCUUUGGACUGAACGAUACCGGCUCUCUGUUUGCCUUGGAGUGGUGGAUGCACUUCCCCGACGAGGGUGCAGGUGGCAAGUGCAACAAGGAGUUCUGGAGCAAGUGGAUUCCACGCCGCGUCAAGCACAACGCCUUCGUGCUCUCGCUGUGGGCGUGUGUGUGGCUGCUCGGCACCUACCCUCUGGGACGUCCUCUGAGCGAGGGCUGGCGGUUCAUGUUCACUGUGUCCGUCUUCGCUCGCACCGGCUACUCCGCGGCCUGGAUGUUCAUCACCAACUUCACUCGCAGCUUGCCUUGGAACGAGUUCCUGGCACAGGAUCCGGGCCGCACCUGGCCUGUGCUUCACAACGUCAUGGCCAUGGUGCUGGGCGGGAAGCACCGCUGGAACGAGAUGCUCUUCCACGAUGUGCACCAUGCCUUCCCGAACGCCGUCGGCACGCUGAGCCAGCGCGGCCGCUUCCACGGCUGGGAGAAGGUGCACGACGCUGCUGCCGAGGUGCUUCAUCGAGGCCUGUGGAAGCCCAACGGUGAUGAGGAGACCCAGAUGCAGAAGACCCAGAAGAAGCGCUCCUUGAUGAUGAAGCAGGGCAAGUAA